UGCGAACUACCGGCGGCCCGGGGACUUGUGAUGCGGCCGGCUGCGAGGGCGGAGGUCCGAGCGAGGCACUCCUCUGGACGCCUGCAUCCUGGAGUAAGAGCCGUCUGCAAGGUGGCCGGCGACUGAAGCCGGGCCGGUCGGCCGGACAACUCCAGGGAUCCCGCCUGCCCACGCGGUCUGGCAAGAGUCCGGGAGCACCGACCCCGUGGCGAGACUCCGCGCGAGUAGCGUCCAGUAAGUUGAAUGCGUCAAAAGACGUUCCGGUCGACCUUGCAUUCACCAUCAUCAGGGAAACGGUCUCCUUCCGAGUCUUGGCAGUAAUCUUGCCUUUACACACUUUCAUCUGAGAGAAAGCGGACACCCGGUGUCUUCGCCAUGAAGACGCUGGCCUGCCUGCUGUUGGUCCUGGGGCUGGCGAAUGCCCGUCGCACCCCCGGACGGGCGGCGUGUGCCGAGCAGGCGCCCAGCAGGCCGCUGCUGUGCUACUACGAGGGCCGGGUGCCCAUCGAGGACAGCGUGUACCCGUGUCUCUGCAGCCACAUCGUGCACACCUCGGCCGCCUCAGUCGCCGACGACUUCACGCUGCGGCUCGACCCCGGCGUGUCGCGGCUGGCGGGGGCCCUGAAGGCGCGCAACCCGGCGCUCAAGCUGCUGGCGAGCGUGGGCGGGGCGCGCUCCGAGCGGCUCGUCAAGUCCGCGGAGAGGCGGGCAGCCUUCUCUACCGGCGCCGGGCGCGCCCUGCGGGACUCCGGCCUGGACGGGCUGGAGCUGGACCUGCGGCUGCGACCCUCCGGCGGCAGGCAGGGCGUCGCAGAGCUGCUCAAGGCACUGCGCGGCGAGCUGGGCGGACAGCCGGAAGUGAGGACGAAGAGGGACUACGACGUCAUCGAGACAAGCCAUGAAGACGUGGAAGCGCCUUCCUGGAAGCCGAACAAGAGGAACGCGACGACGGCGCGCCACGCCCGCCGCAGCGACGCAGCCGCCGCCGACAAGCAGAACACUCUGGCGGACGAGCUGGAAGACUCCGCCUCCGGCCUGCUGCUGCUCAGGGUGCCCGUGGAGCCAGAGGUCAUUGUCAAGAGAUACGACCUCAAGAACAUCACCAAGUACGUGGACUGGUUCACGGUGCCGACCCACAACCUGACAGACCCCUCCGAGGAAGGACUCACCUUCCACCCCAGCCGGCUCAUGGGACUGGCUGACCUCCUCAACACGGACUCCAUGCUGGACCUCCUGACCGGACUGGGGGUUCCCCACGACAGGAUCAUCAUCUCCGUCCCGGCCUCCGGAGUCAAGUUCACGCUCGAAGACCCCAAGAAGAACACGCCGAGGUCGCCCGUCGUCGCAGGACCGGAAUGGAUCAGCCAGGGAAAGCUGUGCUCGCUGCUCUCCGAGGGCGGAUGGACGAUGGAGAGGGAUGAGGAUCUCACAGCUCCCUACGCGUUUCGCAACAACACGUGGCUGGCCUUCGACGACCACAUCAGCGCGGGGAUAAAGGGCACGUACGCCCUGCUGCGCGACCUGGCGGGCGCCGCCAUCUUCCCCCUGGACGACGACGACCUGGGAGGAGCGUGCGCGUCCUCCAACAAGACGACCUCUUCGCCGUGGCUGGUCAGCAGCCUGCACGACGCCUUCACCCGCCUCGCCAGGAAGCCGCGAGGGGCGGUGCUGGAGUCGCUGCAGGACGAGAUCAGGCAGUCCACCCUGCUCACUUUCCCCGGAGACGUGCAGCUGUCGCCGUACCGCAUCACGCGCGUGGUGGACAACCUGGGAGCCGUGCACGUCGUGAGGCGCGAGGCCAGGACGCAGUUCGAGUGCUCUCGCCAAGGGUACUUCGUGCACCCUCUCGGCUGCAACAGGUUCUACCGCUGCGUGAAGUUCAACCAGCGGUCGGCGGACUUCACGGUGUUCGAGUACGACUGCCCCGCGGGGCUGGCCUUCGACGAGCGCUGGGAGGUGUGCGUGUGGCCGGGCUCCCUGCCGCGGGGGUCGCCCUGCACCGGCUCCAGCGAGAUAGCGCCCGUGCCGCGCGCGCGCUACGCCUGCCCCGCCGUCGAGGGCUACUACGCCGACCCGGAGAACUGCCGCUGGUUCUUCGCCUGCCUGGACCACGCGCGCGACGGCCUCAGCCCGCUCACCGCCUACGAGUUCAGGUGUCCUUUCGGGCUUGUGUUUGACGAGCGAUCGCUGACAUGCGACUGGCCGUGGGUGGUGGAAGGAUGUGGGAGUGGCCUCAGAGCCGCGGGUUACUUCGGCGCCGUGCAGUUCGGCGCGGGCGCUCUGGGCCACGGGGGCUACGGCGCCGGCGGCGCUGCAUACGGCGACGCCUCCAUCAACGCUGCAGCCUCCAUAGACAGUGGCGCAGCUGUCAAUGCUGCCGCAGCAAGAGCUGCUGCUGCUCAGGCUGCAGAGUACCAACGACGCAACAACGCUGCUGCGGCCGCCAACGCGGCUGCUCUCAACGCUGCUGGCGCUCAAGCUGCAGGCUACCAAUACGGCAAUAACGCCGCCAAUGUAGGUGCGCUGAAUAUCGCAGCUGCCAACGCUGCUGCAGCGGAGGCUGCAGAAUAUCAACGCCGCAACAAUGCUGCCGCCAGUGCAGCUGCUGCUAACGCUGCAGCAGCUCAAGCCGCAGAGUACCAACGUCGUAACAACGCUGCAGCUGCCGCAAAUUCUGCUGCAGCCAAUGCUGCUGCCAUAAAUGCUGCUGCCAUAAAUGCUGCUGCAGCUGAAGCUGCAGAUUACCAACGGUUGAACAAUGCUGCUGCCAGUGCAGCUGCUGCUAACGCUGCAGCAGCUCAAACCGCAGAGUACCAACGUCGUAACAACGCUGCUGCUGCAGCCAAUGCUGCUGCCAUAAAUGCUGCCGCAGCUGAAGCUGCAGAUUACCAACGGUUGAACAAUGCUGCUGCCAGUGCAGCUGCUGCUAACGCUGCAGCAGCUCAAACCGCAGAGUACCAACGUCGUAACAACGCUGCUGCUGCAGCCAAUGCUGCUGCCAUAAAUGCUGCCGCAGCUGAAGCUGGAGAUUACCAACGGUUGAACAAUGCUGCUGCCAGUGCAGCUGCUGCUAACGCUGCAGCAGCUCAAGCCGCAGAGUACCAACGUCAUAACAACGCUGCAGCUGCCGCAAAUUCUGCUGCAGCCAAUGCUGCUGCCAUAAAUGCUGCCGCAGCUGAAGCUGCAGAUUACCAACGGUUGAAAAAUGCUGCUGCUAGUGCAGCUGCUGCAAACGCUGCAGCAGCUCAAACCGCAGAGUACCAACGUCGUAACAACGCUGCAGCUGCCGCAAAUGCUGCUGCCAGUGCAGCUGCUGCUAACGCUGCAGCAGCUCAAGCCGCAGAGUACCAACGUCGUAACAACGCUGCAGCUGCCGCAAAUGCUGCUGCAGUCAAUGCUGCUGCUCUUAAUGCUGCCUCCAUAAAUGCUGCUGGCGCUCAAGCUACAGGCUACCAGUACAGAAAUAACGCUGCCACUGUAGGUGUACUUAAUAUCGCUUCGGCAAAUGCUGCUGCAGCAGAAGCUGCAGAAUAUCGACGACGUAACAAUGCUGCUGUUGGUGCAGCUGCUGCUAACGCUGCAGCUGCUCAAGCCGCAGAGUACCAAAGGCGUAACAAUGCUGCAGCUGCCGCAAAUUCUGCAGCAGCCAAUGCUGCUGCCAUAAAUGCUGCUGCAGCUGAAGCUGCAGAUUACCAACGUUUGAACAAUGCUGCUGCCAGUGCAGCUGCAGCUGAAGCUGCAGAUUACCAACGUUUGAACAAUGCUGCUGCCAGUGCAGCUGCUGCUAAUGCUGCAGCAGCUCAAGCUGCAGAGUACCAACGUCGUAACAACGCUGCAGCUGCCGCAAGCGCUGCCGCAGCUGAAGAAGCAGAUUACCAACGGUUGAACAAUGCUGCUGCCAGUGCAGCUGCUGCUAAUGCUGCUGCAGCUCAAGCUGCUGAGUAUCAAAGGCAAAACAGUGCUGCUGCUGCUGCAGCAGCUAAUGCUGCAGCUAUAAAUGCAGAAUAUGAGCGGCGAAAUAAUGCUGCUGCUAAUUCUGCUGCAAUCAAUGCCGAAUAUCAACGCCGGAAUAAUGCUGCAGUUGCUGCAAAUAUUGCAGCUCUCAAUUUAGCUGCAAAUAAGCAACAGCAAGCUCCAGAGUCAGAAGGAUAUGUGUAUGGGCGUGGCAGACAACAGAUAGGUACAGGUGCGGGAGCAUUUUCUCAAGGGUCGUUUGGAAGUGGUAACAAAGUUUCGUACAUUGCCUCUGGGCAAAGGUCAGAAGGUUCCGAUUCAUACUACAGGGAUCGAGACAUUCCUUCAUUCGCAUCUCUUCCCGACUCGUUUGUUUCUGGAGGAAGAAUAGACAACACUGGUGGUGUCGUUUUGGGCACGCAUCUGGUGGGUCUAUCAGGCUUGGAAGGUGGUGCUUUUGGUGCUACUGGAGGAUAUGCAGGUGCAGUAAGAACAGGUGCAAGGCCAGCUCUGGUGCCAUUUGGUUCCCGAAGUGGUGCCAUUGGAACUGGUGCUGCUGUUGUUUCAGGGACAGGAUAUGCACCUGCAGGUAGGUACCAACCAGGAUUAAAUGUGGUUACACAACAAGCACAAUCUAUACCAGUUGUUCAGGCGGUGACACCAGUCCCAGUUGUUCAGCCUGUGGCUCGUGUACCAAUUGUUCAGCCAGUGGCUCAAGUUCCACUUGUUCAGUCGGUGACACCAUCUUCUGUAGUUCAACCAGUGAGUCCUGUUUCGUUCCUGCCUGCUGCCAGGCGGCCAGUUGUCCAGCCAGUAUAUAGUGUUCAAUUUGUUCAAUCUGUAACACCAGCCCCAUUUGUUAAGACGGUAACGCCGGUCUCGUAUGUUCAACCUGUGAGUCAGGUUCCGGUUUAUCAGCCAUUUGCCAGGGUCCCAGCUGUUCAGCCAGUGGCACAGAUCCAGACAGUGCAGUCAGUGAAACCAUCCCCAUUCGUUCAGUCGGUGACCCCCAUCCCAGUUGUUCAACCUGUGAGUAAUGUCCCGAUUUAUCAGUCUGGUGCCAAAGUCAAAUCUGUGAGACCGUCCUCAUUCAUUCAAUCAGUGACACCAGUACCAGUCGUUCAGUCUGUGACACCAGUACCAGUCGUUCAGUCUGUGACAUCAGUGCCUGUCUUUCAACCAGUUUCUCAGGUCUCAGUGGCCCAGCCCCUUGCUCAGGUUCCAUUCGUGCAAACAUAUACUUCAGCCCCUGUCAUCCAGGCUCAACCAACCAUUGUUGAUGUUCCUAGAGCGAAUGUCCAGACAUAUGUCAGAAGGCCUCAGGUAUCUUUCAGGAGGCCAUCUUCUGGAUAUUCUUUUGUUCAGAACACACCCAGACCCACUUUGUUGCAGCUUAGUACACCUCGUCCCCAAGUCAGUACAGUAUUUUAUGAUGGACCUAGUUACCAGAGUACUCCGAGGACCGUUUACCCUCAAGGACAAGUUAUUCAAACUGUAGUGCAGCAACCCGAGGUAAAAUUAGUUGGUCAGACACCAGCUUCUUACUUUAUAGCAGGAAAAUCACAGCCAACUCUUAGAAGAAGGCCUGUAAUUGCCCAACCGCAGUAUGUAGAAACAGUGACUGAACGUCCUAGAGCAACAAUACUUCGACAGCAAACAUUCGAGGCAGCACGACUACCUGUAGUACAGCCUUUUUCAGUGGAGACACCAGUCGUAUUCCAAAGUACAACUCCUCGUCCUGUUUAUGGUGCUCCUGCAGUGUCGCAGAUUAGAUUCCAACAAGUAACAGCAACUGGCAAAGUUACACCCUUAGUUCAACAAAAUGUGUUCGAAACACCUGUCAGGACUGGCGGAGCCCAGAUUCUACAACCUGUGUCUCAACAAGUUCCUGUAGUUACAUAUCAAAGCACUCCUAGACCUGCAUUCAGGAUACCAGCAGUUUCUAGAACUCAGUAUGUGCAAGGGGUAGAUAGUAAACAGUUUGUUCCUGUUGUUCCACAGCAAAAUCCUGCUUUUACUUCAAUUGAGCAAAAACAAACGAAUAUUUUGCAGCCUUUAUCGGUAGAUGUACCUGCUGUUACUUAUCAAAGCACACCUAGCCCAGUUUAUGUUUCUACUGCAUCUACUCUUCCUAAGUUCAUCCAGCCAACAGUUAGCACUGUACCUCAGCAAUCUUUUGUGAAAACAACAGGAACAUCUUUUAUUCAGAGCACACCCAAGCCAUAUUACAGACGUCCUGAAAUUGGAUUGUCUCCAGUUCUACCUCAGACUGUUUUUGAGCCCACCAGGCAAACUAUUCUACGAACAUCAUUCAGGAAGCAGGUUGCCCAGGCUUUCCCCAGUAUUGCCCCUAUUUUAUCUCAGCCAGAAUUUCCCAUUAAUCCAGUGACUUCUGUCCCAGUAACAACUUACAGAAGACCUGGAUUUAGGCUCAGACCUACACCUCAAAGUAUCGCUAUUUCUACUGCAGACCAGGCCUCAGUAGACGAUGGUUAUGUGUACAGCAAGCCGACUUUUGUCUUUAAUGGAGUUUCAACAACUGCAGCACCUGCCUUAGGGGUUACUUUCAACAGUUUGGACGUAUCAUCAACACCAAGGCCUCUAGCCUCAGGUAUUGUCGAUAGUGGACUAACAUAUAAGAGACCUUCCAACAUAUUCCGCUCAGGCAAUAAAUACACCCUUGGAACCACUUUCCAGAAUCCUUCAGUUAUUUUUCCAACAUCAACACCUUUCACUCCAUUACAGGAGGUUAGAGUACCUAUUUAUAAUGUUGACGAAAACUUUGGCUUAAGAACUCAAUUGAAGGGAGGUUAUAAUCCCCAACUGGUAAGUAACUUCAGUCAAUCAAGUGUUCGAUAUGGAAGUGAUUUUGGUUCGAAUACUCUUUUGGAAUAUCCAGGAUCAGCUGGUUUUGGAGUGGCUCAGCAAGAUAUUUAUCAGUAUCAACAACCCAUAAUAAGUACUCCCCAGACUGUUGUAUACACUGGUGGAAGAGUUGGUGCUAGAAGGCGUCCACAGUCGAAGGGUCGUGUAAAUACAUACUCUACCACUGCUUUCCCCAGUUCUAUUUCUACAUUCUCCACUAUAUCCCCUACAGUAGCAUACCCAACAAUAUCCACAACUGACAGCAGCAUAUUCCGAACAUCAAACAUACCUUCCUCAACAGUGUACUCGACAACUGCACGCCCAGUUACUUACACCCAGGGCAUUUACACAUCCAGUCCAAGUGUAGGUUACGUGCCUACUUCGCCAUUAUCAGUUCCUAGAGGAUAUCUUCCUCCGCGUAGACCAGGUAGGGUCCGUGUAUCUACCACUGCUUCUCCCAACACUGUUCAAUCCACAACUCCUGUAAGUGGAGGCUCUGUAGACUUAGGUUACUCGGUCAGGCCUGGACAGAGCAGGAAAGGUUCUGGCAGCAGAUCAAGAAUAAGUGGUGACCAAAAUGUGGGUGUAUUAUUAGAUCAAUAUUCUGGUAAAUUUGGCAGCAACAAUGAAAACUUUGUAAGUGAUGUAAUACAGGGUGAUCUGUUUAGGAAACCAGGUGGUAGAGGUGGUAGUAGAGGUAGAAUUACUUCAACAUCCGGAAUUUUCGAAUCAACAACUGUACCAUUCAGGUACACUAGCAAGAGGCCAACUUAUUCAACCACAACAUCAAACUUGGGUCUUUCUACGUCAUCCGAGUUGUCUGGUGAUAACAUACAAACAGAUGGUGGGAAAACAGAGCUUGGUACAGCAACCAUCUAUAACGGUGAUGGAGGUGUCGAAUAUGAAGCUGUUAAAAUUGGCUAUGGCAAAACGAAGGGUUCAAAGGAACCAGUUGUAGUUGUCACGAGGUUAAGCGAUGUCAACCCUAUUCUUGUCGCCAAGCUUGGAGCCCAAUGCACAUGCAGAUCAAAUGCAAUUGCACUCAAGAAACCAUCUUCUAGAGGUCGUACAUCUGCUGCGACAACAUACUCUCCUCUCGAAUACGACGCCACACCUACGUCUUUCCCAGCGCUUUCCUAUACUUCCGUAACCCCUGCACCUUCUCUCGCAUAUGAUACCCUGAGUUCCACUCCUGAAAUUUCAGCCAGUGGUUCACGAACUCGCUUCAAUUCGGCACCAGUAGUUGUCACACCCAGACCAGGCGUUCUUCGUACCGGCUCGCCUACGGUCGCUUCUCCAACUGGGAAGUCCUCUGUGGAUGUCGAAUAUAGCGCUCUCCUUGCAUCAGGCAUACAACCUGACGAGCUUAAUGGCAGUCCCAGCUUCCAGGACUCUGUGACCUCCGGUAGAAGGCCGAACACUGUCGGUGCCAAAGGGUCCAGAGUCGCUGCUGGUAGCUCCUUCGACCGGUACGGUCCAGGAGGCCUGCGCGGCGCGGACGAAACUUUGCAAGGUUCGGUGGAUUGCCAGAGGCCUGGCUUAUUCCGUCACCCCAAGUACUGCAACAAGUUCUAUGCUUGUCACUGGGACGAGUGGAAGGGACGCUACACGCUUCACGUGUUCAACUGCCCAGUGCAGCUGGCAUAUGAUUCCAAUCUGGGAGCUUGCAACUGGCCCUCGCAAGGACCUGCUUGUGCGGAUGACAAUCUGCUUGUCUAGCAUAACAUCGACUCGUUCAUCAGGCGCUAUGACCUCUGUUCUGGACACAAUGUUGUCACGUCAAGCAUACUAUGUAUGCUUCUCUAAAAUGGAUAUGAUUUUUAACUUAAUUUGGAAUUAUUUCUAACUUUUCUCAUUUUUUAAAUGCCAUCCCUCUGGAGAUGUCACUUUUUGUGCACGUGUGAUGUAAAUGAUUAAAUUUAUAGAUUGUUAAAAUCAUAUAUGUAUUAAAACAUAAUAAAAACAUAAUAAAAACUUGAAACGAUACUUCCCAGUUCAGAAAAAUAAUUGCCUGGUUUUUUUUAGACGUAGCAGAUAAAAUAAUAAAAUCGUACAAAGAAAUUUAACUGAAAAUUCUUGUUCAGAUGUUUUUAUCUCUGUGGUGCGAAUAUCUAGAGGAGACACUAGGCUGCAGGAUGUUAGGAUAGUGUAUUUUCGUGUGAAUAAGGAGAUCUUACUGUAUAUAAACAUGACAUUUGUUGUUUACCAACAUGACAAGUAUUCUGUGAUAAUAGAGUUAGUGCAUCGGCCUAAUGGUAAAUCUGAACAACAAUUUUUCGAGAUAUUUAGUUGGUCAGGUGUAAGCACUCUAAUCCUGUAUAUUUUUGAUAUUUUUUUUUAAAUCUUGCAACUUGGUUUUUCAAAUCACAUACUAACUUGUGUAUUAUGUCUUAAUCAGAAAGUGUGUAUCGCUUGUGCCAAAUGGUGUUUCAACCUUACAUAUUUGUGUAAUGUUCUGAACUGAAUUUUAUCUGUAGAUGUUCAUUUCUGUAAUGUAAAAAAAAAAUAUGCCUUCAUUUUGAUGUAUUACUUUAUUGCUUUUGAUGUCAGAAUGUAAAUCAUUUCCAUCAUAUUUUUUCUGCAUAAUUUAUGUAACAUAAUCAUUCCAUACCUGAUUUUAUUGGUAUUUAUUUUGUAAUUUAUAAUAAAUAUUUUUACGCUAACACUGGGUCAAAUUUCUCUGUUCUCCUUUCAUGUGAGGCCGGUCCCACUGGGAUAACAAUACUCAAUGCAAGCUUCAACUCUGGUUACCAAGUUUACACACACAAAAUUCCAAGUUAAACAAGAUGUGCC